AUGGCUACCAAAAGCAAAGCAGGCAGAAAAAUCCCAAAUCACCCAAAAACAAACAAGAUUAAUCUGAAAGGAAAGCAAAACUCCAAGACCGCCGCCACAAUACCUCACUUACCUGUCCUUGUUAUCCUCCACUUCCUCCAAUUCCUUCCCAUCAAACUUGCGAUCCGCAUAAGCUCUCUUUGCAAGCAACGGGCAGGGCUGUGGUCUUCAAUCCCAGUAUUAGAUUUCGACGAGGACGAGCCACCACAUGGCGACGAAAACCUUGACAUAAUACAACUCCAACAUACGAACUUCAUCAAUUUCUUGGACAGGUGUUUGGAGUUCCACCAGAAAUGCGAGGGCUUGGACAAAUUCUGGCUUCGUAUGACGUUGAGUUCAGUCAAAGACAAAGACAAGGUUGGAGAGUGGUUGUGUUUUGCAGUUGGAAGAAGAGUCAAAGAAUUAGAUAUCAGCCUCAAAUAUAAAUAUGAGGUCAAUCAAUAUUGCUUUUCCUCUACCUUUCUCAAUGCAAAGCCAUUAGUUAUUUUGAAUUUGGAGAAUGUGACAAUAGCGAACAGCGGUCAGCCUAUAAGCCUGCCCUCAUUACAAACUCUGUCCAUCAGAAGAGUGAGACUCACAGCCUUGUCUCUCUCCGCAUUAAUUUCAGGCUGCCCUUGCAUUCAGUAUUUGUCGUUAACUUCAUCUUCUUGCUUUGAAUCCUAUGACUUAUCCAUGCAGACCCUUCUUGGUGGAAAGUCUUUAACUUCCUUUAAUCUAAAGUACGUGAGAGUAAGGGACGACAAUAAUAAUGAUCCUAAAGCUCCUAUAGGCCUUCCCUAUUUGAAAACAAUGUCCCUCGAAAUUGUGGACCUGUAUUACCCCCAAUUAAUUUCAGGGAGCCCUUCCCUUGAGCAUUUGUCAGUAUCUUUUUGUUUCGCUAAAUUUUAUAGAUCACCUAAGAUUCCACGUUCUUCCAGUCUCAAAUCCUUGGAAGUCAGAGAUUUCGAUUCUAAGGUAGUUCAAGUGAGUAGAGGAUCCACCAUGGGGUCAAUGUGGUCAGACGACCCCAUGGCGGCCCUGGAAAUGGCUUGGAGGUCCUUGGUUUCUCUUGGCAGCCAUGGGAGAUGACCCCAUGGAGAAGAAGAUACAAACUGCUAGGGAGAAGAAAUAGGGAGGAAGA